UAGCUUGUACCAGCUACAUAAAUCCCUUCCCAAAUGCACUCUUAACCUUUCCAGUUUAUUGCUUAGACAACGGCUUGUGCCUACAACAGCCACACCCAUCGUAGUCGUAACUAUUUGUUUUGACAGGAAGGAAGUUUGACAGGAGCAUGCGCAGACAUGAGUUUCCUCUCAGGAAGCUUACAAGCCUUCCUCCCACGCAUGCGCAGUGGGUACAGGUCAGCAGCCAUUGUUAUCAGUUGUAAACAAUGACAAGCAGUUUUUAAUCGUAACCAUCCUGCCUCUCCGGGCGUGUUACUCGAGUUGAAAUUAGCGUAGCCGUGCUUCACAGUGAGAAUGCCACCUGUGAGACGUAAAAAGACACCCAGGUCAUCUAGGAAGUCAGCAACCCCGGGGCGAUCGGGUAACGCAGAAUCUCAUGUCGAUCUCCAGAUUGCUGAUACAGGGGAAAUUCUUCACGCGGAGAAUGUAAGAAUACCAGGGGCUUCCACAACAUUCCAGUCUUCAGUCCCAAGUCGUGCGACAGAGAGGCCGGUUACAGUAAGAAGCAAUGACAGAAGAGAUCAACGUCCAUACCAGACAUUCCCUAGGAACUGGUCACUGCCCCAUAUCUGCAGCUAUAUCAAAAACAUACUCAACAUCACAGCUCCAUCAGGCCUGACCCGACAACAAUACCAGCAGUUUUAUACUGACAAUUUUCACCUUCUGCACAACCAGCCCUCCGGGAGUGACAACAUCCCUGAUAAUGACAGAAACUCUCAAGAGCUUCCUCCGGACAUCCCCCCACAGUCCAGUGUUAACCUUUCAGACAUUAUGAUCGCAUUUCAGUCACUGAAACAGACAGUGGAAAACCUACAAACGCAUGUGCAACGUCAGCAGAUCACACAACUGUCACAACCUCCACCACCACAACAACCCCCACAGCAGCCACAACCAAAUUUCUCAGUGCCUGAACAUUUCAUCAUGGACCCACCAUCCGGCCCUCACCAUGGUUAUGGCUUAUACACGGCCAGAUUUGCCAAAGACGACCCCUUCGCAGAGGAGCCCGAAGGUAACUUCCCAGCUUUGCCACAACAAAUCUUGGAUGGUACUACACCUGAGGUGGAAGUGGUCUCAACUACACUCCGGCGCCAAAUAUGUGAAGAUGGACAGAUUCAAGAAGCUAGCUCCCAAGGCAGACAGUGUGCCUACCCCAUGUCUUCCAAUCACAGCAAUCAACAUUCCACCUGCUCAGAUCUCAACAAACUCUGGUCACAAGCACUCUCCACGAAAACGCAGGCGGUUUAUAAAUCAGGACUUCAUAAUUUCCUGAACUUCAUGGCCAUGUGUAGUGUACGCUGGUGGCCUGCUGCUUUGCCUCCUAUCACAGAACAAACCCUCUUGUGUUUUGUAGCACACUGCUUCUACAAACUACAGUAUAAGUGUACAACAAUCAGGAGCUAUCUCGCUGCUGUGAGGUUUGCUUAUCUAAGACAUGGAAUUGAGAAUCCAUGGUCAGUAUGUAACACUCUUAGGCUAGAGACCAUCAUGAAAGCAAUUCAACGGAUACAGAGCGUGCCGGCAGCAGAGCGUUUACCUAUAACUAUUCAUGUGUUGCGCAAUUUGUGUUUCCAAUUGGACAAGCGUUUGUUCAAUCAUUAUACUAACAUGUUAUUGCAGGCUGUAUUUAGUCUAGCCUUCUAUGCCUUUUUGAGAUGUGAUGAAUUCACUUGUGCCAAAUAUGUGUAUCAAAAACAUUUAUCCAUGAAUUCGAUUACCUUCAACGAGGAAUACACCUGCUUUGAUCUGUUUCUCAAGCAAUCAAAGACUGAUCAGCUAGGGAAAGGUGUGACAAUUACUGUACAUGCAGUGCCCGGACCAACUUGCCCCGUUCAGGCAAUGAAAAACUAUGUUAACCUGCGCAAUCAGUCUCAGGCCCGUGCCUCGGACCCUUUGUUCCUCACCGAUUGUGGUAUACCUCUCCACCGUGACUAUUUUAUUCAUAAACUACAUCAAACUCUGGCGGCAGCAGGAUACGACUACAAGAAAUUCAACGGACAUUCUUUUAGAAUCGGAGCGGCCACUUCUGCAGCUGCAGCUCAUGUACCAGACCAUAUGAUUAAAGCCUUAGGACGCUGGAAAUCAGACUGCUACGCUCGGUAUAUCAGAGUCGAUAAGGGCUCCAUAGCUGCAGCUCAGCGCAAUAUUGCUCAUACUUAGCAUGCUCAGCAGCCCGUUUAUCCUUGGCUAUUACAUUGUGUAUAUACUCUUUGUAGCAGUUUCUAUGCAAAUUCUUUGCUUCAGUGAUAGUGCACUAAUCUUAUGGUUGACUCUUACUUUGUCUGACCUUUUCAAUCUUCCUGU